AUGGAUCUCACUCUCGAGGCCGUCUCUCAGUCCCUAGUCCCCAAGUCGCCGUCGCUCACCAUCUUCGCUCCUCCGGACUCCGCCUUCAAGAGAGCCGGCCAGCCCUCCCUCUCUCUCCUCCAAUUCCACUCCGCCCCUCUCGCUCUCCCCCUCCAAACCCUAAAAUCGCUCCCCACCGGCACCAAGAUCCCGACUCUCCUCUCUGGCAGCUCCCUUUUUGUCACCUCACCUCCUUCGGGCACCAGAAUUUCUCUCAACGGCGUCAGGGUCACAACCGCCGCCUCGCGGAUCUACGACGACGGGUUCCUGAUCGUUCUCGAAGUCGAGGACUUCUUCGACCCGAACUUCCAUGCUCCCGCCCGGACCCGAAUUCCUGUCCCGGAUCAGAUGUGCGAGUCGCCUUCGUCGAACGGUACAAGCUCGAUUGGGUUUCUGGCAGCUUCUUGGUUUGAAGGAGACAGAGGCGUGAUGAGGUCCAAUGGAUACAGAGUGAUGGCUUCAUUUCUUGAUCUACAGCUCAUGGGGUUCAAGAAUCCUCUGAGUUCGUUGAUCGUUAUACAGCUGUAUAUAUUAUUUUAG